CCGAGUGGAAGACCCCAUGAAAUGCCCCUGAAACUCCCGACGGCGAUUGUUGUCUUUCAUUCAUUCGCAGCUCGCGGAUCGCGCUGGUGUGCACAUUUUGGACUUUGUCCCGACCGCUCCUUUUAAAACGUGUUCCAGUAAGGCACAAUGAGUGACUCUGGCAAGGACACAGUGGCUACUAAAGAGAAGGAUGGAGCAGAGAAGAGAGGACGUGGAAGACCCCGAAAACACCCACAGGAGGCCAGUGGAUCUCCUACACCGAAGAGACCCAGAGGAAGACCAAAGGGCAGCAAAAACAAGCCGAGCUCCACCGUGUCUCGGGGCAAAAAAGCAGCAGCGGCUUCGGCACCUGCAGGGACUAAACGCAGAGGACGACCCAAGAAAGCAGAGAAGGAGGAGCAGCCAUCCAAGUCCUCUGAGGAGGAAGAAGAGGAGGAAGAGGAACAGUAACUAGCGACUCGUGCUACCUCACAAUCCAACGUUAUUUCUUCCUGUUGACCAGAGCUGGACUGACCCUUUCCCCCCCACCCCGAUUUCUCCCCUCUACCCUCUCUCUCUCUCUCUCUCUGUUCCCUUACACUAGUGCCACCCUCACCCUCCAAUUCACCUUUACGCUCUAGUGCCCCCUCGUGUCAGGGAGGCUCGCACAUUCAUGCGGCUUCUCUGUGUAACACCACUGGAAACAAAAACAACAAAAAAAGGACUCAAAUAUACUGUAUGUCCAUUCAUGGAUGCAUGCACACGUGUAUGCGUGUAUGUAAAUGUCUCGCACUCAAAGGGUAAUUGGGCUAUCAUUAUACUGGACAAAGAUAUGCUCUGACGGCGGCUUGACACAAAGCAAUUUGCAAAAUACUGAAGUUUCGUUUUUUUUUUUUUUUCUCGUCUCGCAAACAGUUUCAGGCCUUGAGGAUUCACGUUUAUUUUUGCAAGUCUAAAUCUGAAAAUACGGUAGGUUGUGUGACAUUCAUGUCGUUGUGUACUGGACAAAGGUGAAUUGACCUACUUGUUUGUUUUUACUUGGGUUGUGUGUGCGUGUGUGUGUGGUAACUCGAUGUCUCUCCAGUUAUACCUUAUUUCAUUUUUUAUUUUUAGCUUCUCUGUGAAUUAUUUCCAAGCUAGAACUAAACCUUGAGCUUAUUUUGAGUGAGCAUAAUCUAGAGGACUUUUAACUUGUAAUCAACAUAUCAUCGAAUGCUUUUUGUCGUGAAUAUUUUUCUCUUUCACAACAGCCGAUUCUCCACCAUCAUGAUUUAUAUACGCGUUAAAAUGAGUCCCCGUUAAAUUCGAUAGCACGCCUCUUUCAGCGCAGUGCUAAUGCAGACGAACGCUUUGCUAGUCUGACUACGAUUCAUGUUUUAUUUGGUUGUGGAGGACAAUGAUUGCUUUUAAUCGUGACCCCGAUUUCACCGCCAUCCUAUAUGGCAUCGUCCUUGAAAUGAAAGCUGCAGAUUUGGGCGGCAGCAGUGCUUUACAUUUUUAUCGGCCCCAAACCCGUUCUUCUCGCAUGUGACUGUAAAUGUGUUAUAUUUUAAUAGUAGUGCAAAUCGAUAGAGCAUUCCAUUUAGCUGACGAAACGUCCCGGCCGCGUCACCACUUCAGUCCACUCGGACAUCUUUGGCUUAAUUUCGCUUUUGUUGUUUUUGACGUGUUAAAUUCCAUGUCAGGGAACGCUGAUCGGUCCAGUGACUGGGUCUCCUCUCAGAACUUUAAUGCUGCUACAAACAUGGUUAACUAAAAACCCGGAAUACUGCAACCCGGUCAGUUCUACUCUGGACUUGACCGUCACUUUCAUACCUCACUUUACAACAGCUUAUGACGGAUUUCUCCUCUGUUAACUUUCCUGACGAUGUUCAACUGGUCUCAGCGCAGCGUUUGCCGAGAUCCUCCUCUAGCGUGGGGUUAUUGUUGCUCCGUUUUCGUUUUAACUGGUUUUGCUUUACAUCGGCGUGUAUCAUCAUCUGGAGACGCCAACAGCGGGAUGCAUUGAGUCAGAGAGAUGCAAAACAUGUUCACAGACUGUGGUAGAGAUCUAGGUUUUAUUUUCUUCUGUACGUAUUUGUUUGGUGCACUGAAUUGACUUAUUUUUGCUUUAUCUUAUCCUGAAUAAAAUGACUUUAGUGUGGCACCUGAAGCCGAGGGUUUGUUUAUUUCUCCCGUCUCCGUAUGAAACUUCUUCAUCCUGCUAGCUGCUUUAGCUCCGAGCCCUUGUUUUGGUAGAUCAUGAUGGUACUAUAUACGGCUGUUCGACGCAGUGGUUUUUAACGUGCCCUUCAAUACCGAUGUCUUGUUUUUAUGUGCCCGUGCACACAACUGGUUUGGGAUCAGUCUUUUCAAUGUAUACACUCUCUGCAUUUUCUAUUGUGGACUGCAGGAAUUUAUAUUCAAAAAUGGUAAUAAAGUUAAGAAUUCGUACAUA